AUGGCAUCCGCACUCUUCUUUCUAGAUCUCAAGGGCAAGACCCUUCUUGCCCGUAACUAUCGUGGUGACAUUCCCAUGUCAGCAGUUGAAAAGUUCCCCGUACUCCUUUCAGAAGCUGAGGAAGAUUCCUCUGCUGUUCCACCAUGCUUCUCCCAUGAAGGCAUCAACUACCUCUACAUCCGCCAUAACAACCUCUACCUCCUCGCCCUUACGAAACGAAACACGAAUGCCGCCGAAAUCCUCCUAUUCCUUCACAAGAUCGUCGAGGUCUUUACCGAGUACUUCAAAGCUUUAGAAGAAGAAUCCAUUCGAGACAACUUUGUCAUCAUCUACGAACUUCUCGACGAAAUGAUGGAUUUUGGUUAUCCUCAAACAACAGAAUCCAAGAUCCUUCAGGAGUACAUCACCCAGGAAUCUCACAAGCUCGAGAUUCAAGCUCGACCACCAAUUGCUGUUACAAACGCUGUGUCAUGGCGAUCAGAGGGUAUCCGUUACCGCAAGAACGAAGUAUUCCUCGAUGUUGUCGAGUCUCUCAACCUUUUGGUGUCUGCAAACGGCAAUGUCCUUCGAUCAGAGAUUCUUGGCGCUAUCAAGAUGAAGUGUUAUCUCAGUGGUAUGCCCGAGUUGCGUCUAGGAUUGAACGACAAGGUCAUGUUUGAGACAACCGGCCGAGCCACCCGCGGUAAAGCUAUCGAAAUGGAAGACGUCAAGUUCCACCAAUGUGUACGACUAUCACGAUUCGAAAACGACCGAACCAUCUCCUUUAUCCCCCCUGACGGCGAAUUCGAGCUCAUGUCUUACCGUCUCAACACUCAAGUCAAGCCUCUGAUCUGGGUUGAAUGUGUUGUCGAAUCCCAUUCAGGCUCUCGAAUCGAAUACAUGCUCAAGGCUAGAGCUCAAUUCAAGCGCCGCAGUACUGCCAACAAUGUCGAAAUCGUGGUUCCUGUUCCAGAUGACGCCGAUAGUCCUCGUUUCCGAACAAACAUUGGAUCCGUUCAUUACGCCCCCGAGCAAAGUGCCAUUGUCUGGAAGAUUAAACAAUUUGGCGGUGGCAAGGAAUUCCUCAUGCGUGCUGAGCUGGGCCUGCCAAGCGUGAGAGGAGAUGAUGAACAAGGUGGUGUGGGUAAGGGUGCCAAACGACCUAUCCAGGUCAAAUUUGAGAUCCCUUACUUUACCACAAGUGGUAUUCAGGUUCGGUAUCUAAAGAUUACCGAGCCAAAGUUGCAAUAUCCUUCGCUUCCUUGGGUUCGAUACAUUACCCAAUCUGGCGAUAUUGCUGUACGACUUCCUGACGCAGUCUGA